UCGCAAAGACACGGCUCCUACACGUGUGGUGGUUGUCGUUCAUUCUAAUCCAUGGCAGGCUCCUUUUCUCUUGAGCUUGAGGAUUUGUUGAAUCCUUUGCCUAAAUUUGCUGAUCCAGAGGAUGACGGCGACGAGGCGACCAAAGCCAAAGUGGUGGAAAGAUUCAAUGAGGACGAGGAUGAAGAUGGGGUCGGCCUCAGUGCCCUGCGGAAGCACAACACAUCCCUACUCUCAGAAACGGACAGACGGUAUGUGGGGAAGACGGUCUCUCGUGAUCAGCUGCUGAUGGACAUUGAGGCAUCUGAUGAUGAUGAUGAUGAUGAUGAUGAUGAUGAGGAGGAGGAGCAGGAGGAGGGCAGCAUAGAAGAGCUAGAAGAAGUGGAUUCUGUGGGAGAUGAGGGAGCUAAUGAUGAUGAUGAAGAUGAUGAAGAAAACGAUUUCGAAGAUGACGAGGAGUUGGUGGGCAUUAAUGUUAAACUGGCCUCAAAGACAAAGGGUGCAGACAUGACCCUUCCUCAGGGAGUGGACUUCCACAAACUGUCAGAGGACAUGGAUGACCUUGGUGUGAGUGAAGAAGAUGAUGAUGAUGAAAAUGGCGAGGAGGAGAGUGAAAGCAGCGAUGAUGACGAAGACGCCGUGGAUGAGGGAACUGUCCGCACAUUUUCUCAAGAGAAAGUAGACAUGGAGGUUGAGAAAGGGAAGGCUGUGAAGGACCAGCUGGCCCUGUGGGACCAACUGCUCGAGGGUCGAAUCAAGAUCCAGAAAGCUCUGGUGACCGCCAACCAGCUUCCACAGACGCAGACCUUCCCGGAGUUCAAGAGGAGGGGUGGAGCCGAACUUGCGGGGGAGCUGAAGAACACCCACAAAGCUUUGAAAGCUCUCCAGAGAUCCCUGCUGGAGCUGCACGAUCCGCUGCUGUACCAGAAUGCAGACACGAGAACUAUCGCGCUGGGGAAGACGGAAGCUCAGGGUGAAGGUGAGGAGAUAAACAGUGAUGAGAUGGAGGAUGAAGAGGCGUCCGUGCCAGAGGGUGGAGCGCUGAAACGAAAACUGGAGAUGGCUGAAUAUCCAGACUUUAUGGCCAAACGUUUUGCCGCUUUCCAGCCUUACAAUAACGCCACGUUGCAAAAGUGGCAUGACAAAACCAGACUGAUCAUGGGCAAAAGCAGCAAGGGUUUCGGUGCGUUCGACCGAAACAUAUUGACGCAGGUGGAGCAGGUGCUGAUGGACAAUGAGAGGCUGGUGCGGCGCACCCAGACCCGACGCUCGGAAUACAGGGUCCUGGGGAAAAAAGAGGCCGCUGCUCUCACUUCUGAAACCGUCUGCAUAGAGGGAGAAGAGCUGGAACAGCAGCUGAAAGCAAACACGCAUCUAACUGAUCUGGACGAGAAUAUAUUUGACGACGACGAUUUCUACCACCAGCUGCUAAGAGAGCUGAUUGAGCGCAGGACGAGUGCUGCGGACCCCAAUGACCAGGUUGCCAUGGGCAGGCAGUGGCUGGCCAUCCAGAAGUUGCGCAGCAAGAUCAAGAAGAAGGUGGAUACCAAAGCCAGCAAGGGGCGUAAAACCCGAUUCCACAUCCACAGCAAGCUGGUCAAUUUUAUGGCUCCUAUUGACCACAGCUCAGUGAGUGACGAGGCACGCAGCGAAGUGUAUCGCGGCCUCUUUGGUCAGAAGUCCACAGUUAGGGAGUGACGUGUAGGAGGUACUCAUGAGGAGCACAUACCGGAGUGCCACGAUGUAAACAAAACAGUGCCUUUCUUCACAAACCUCAAAUGAUGCCGAGCAGCAGUCUGUGCGGGCCUGCUCUUAGUCAGAAUAUGGACUUGUAUGGCACAUACAGUUCCUCAUAAAUACCUUUUAUGCCGAGUGGCAUUUUCAGUAUCUAUGCAUUUUGUUUUGGUGGAAACGACAGUGCGUUAAGUGGAUUUCAAGGAAAAAAGUGAAUGUAUCAAUUUUUCUUCUGUCACCAAGUCCCAUUUGAUUCAAGUAAAAUGUGUACAAAUUAUACCUUUUUUUUUUUUUAAGUAUAUUGUGACUCAAUUCCAUACAACAUACAAACUGUAUAUUUGUCUUCGUAGUAUACUGUUUUUCCAGUUAGUAUACAAAAAAUGAAUACAAACUAUACUAUACUAUACUAUACUAUACUAACAGAGAAUGAUAGAAUACUUCCGUCGUAAAACUGCUAUUUCAGGAUGUCACUGGCAAUAAAGUUCAGACAAACACCGGAA